AUGAAGCCAAUUGGAGAUCACCAAGUGCCCAGCUUCAAGGUGGAGUCCCGGGGAACCUGCAUCACCUACGCCAGCCCGAGAUCCGGAGCAGCUGCCCACGACUUCUUGGCGCACACCCUGCAAGAAGGAGACGCCCACAAAUGUAGAACCAUUUUGAUAUGUCAGCAGAAUUGCGAGGCCGAGCGUCUGAAAUCGGAGCUCGCCGAACGGGAUGUGAAAUCGAUUCUCCUGCUAACGCACGAUCCAAUGGCCCGCCAAGUGCUGCUCCUCUGGUCCAAGGGGUACAUUCACCAGGCUCUGAUUCUAUGCGAUGACAUGCUCGAGUAUCUCGGGGGCGUCGAGGCGAACCUGGUCAUCCAUACAACGCUGCCGGAGCUGAACACGUUCGAGGAACGCAUGAAGUGGCUGAGCGGGUUGAAGGUGAAAGCCGAGAUGAUGGUCAUCACUCCGCGCCACGAGGAGGAUAAUAAGAAAGAAGGCAAGGAUGAGGUCGAGCUGCCCCUGAAAGACAUCAAGCCAGUGGUCAAAGUAGCUCCUCCAAAUUCCAAGAAGACACAUGAAACAAAGGAAACUAUGCCAAAUUCUACAACUGCGACAAUUUCAAAAAACGAUGAAGAGCAUCGGAUGUCAUUAAGCGUAAGGGAUACUAUGGAAAAGCGCCUAGAGUCUACAAAUCCAGAAACCUCCAAUUCCCUGGAGAAACUGCAGCUCGACCAACUCUCUCUUGAGGUGAAAAACACAGAUUUGGCGAUGGACGAAUCCUCUCUAGCUGCUGGCAAGCCCAACGCUCCUGGAGACGCUCAUCUCAAUGCUGAACAUCCAACGGGGGCUUCGGAAGCCGAGUUCCAAAAGUUAAAGGCAUGGAAGCUGCGAAACGCAUCUAAAGACAUGGCCUUACCGCCUCCUCCUUCUCUUCCCAUUGAAAAACCGCCCGGCCUGGAGCUGCCUGAUACCACCACAUCUGAUCUUGGCGUCGUUGACGACACCACUUCGCUGGAUUCCAUUACAACUGUGCAGGAUUAUCCUGCCUCUCCCGCAGUGGAACCCUCUUCUGCAGCGGGACAACUUUUCUAUAACUAUGGCGUGCUCACCUGGAGUCGCCACUUGGUUGUGCCGUGCUACGAUUUGGGCGGAGCGCCGGAAAUUAGCACCGCCAUCAGGCAGGCCAUGUUUCAGCUGGGCGUGGCCAAGUUUCGUGCGCGGGCGGUCCAGAGAUUCGCCUGGCCACAUGUAUCGUCGGGCAAAUCCGCGAUAGUUGUGGGCAACAUGCAGAUCGGGAAGACGUGGUCCUACCUGCCCACUGUGUGCCAGAGCAGCCACAAGGAACUGCAGUGCCGUCCAGCUGAUGGCCACGGACCCAGCUGCAUCUUUGUGUGUCCCAACCAGUCGCAGGGCAAGCCGAUCGGCCGCUGGAUGGCCACGAUGUUCCGUUCGCUGGGCAGUGAGGUGGCAUUCGAGGAUGUGGUCACCCUCUGGGACAAGAGCCAUGUGGCGGAUAUCGUUUGCCGUCUAAGUCGGCCCGUUGGCAUCCUGCUGACCAGCGUGGACUCGCUGUUGGAACUGCUGGGCCACCACACGAGGAACUCGCCCAUUUUCGAUGCCCAGGCGGUGAAGUGCAUAGCCUUGGAUAAUCUGAAUGACAUGAUUCGUUUGUUGCCGGACGCUACGAUGAAGCUGCUUAAGCGAUUGCCCGAAAUGAUCAAGCUCACCCAAGGCCAAACUAAGUGCAAUGUCUUCGUCUCCGGCCGCAUCUGGCACACCGAUCUGAUGGUGCAGCGCAUCCUGCCUCUGAUGCCGCCCGACGUUCUCAUUCUCUUCGAAGACGCCUUGGAGGCGAGUGUCUAUGGCGGCGUCCAGCUGGACAUAAAGGUGGUGGAGGGAGAGGUGAAGAUCGAGCACUUGAUGCGGCUGAUCGAACGCAGGAACAGGUUCGUCGAGGAGCGUGCCGUUGUGGUCUGUUCCAGCUCGACAGAGGUACGUCAUCUCCGCCGUAAGCUGAACGCGAUGGGAGGAGUGAAUGUGCAGACCAUCGUCUCUUCGGCGUGCUACUCCAAGUGGUCCACGGCCGGGCUGCUGCUGAUCACGGACGAAGUGGUGCCGAAACUGAGAUGCGGAAAGAUCACGCUGCUCAUCCACUACAGCUUGGAUACCAGUUGGAUGCGAUUCAAGCACCGCUUCGUCCUGUUCUACGAGAACCUCAGAUUGCAAGCGCCGCGUUCGGUCGGCCAGUCCGUGAUCUUCGUCAAGAGCACUGAUGUGGACAGCAUCUGGAUGCUCUCCGACUUCCUUCUCAAGCACGAGCUGCCCAGGCCCAUCCAUUUGCUGGAUAUCAUUUCGCAGCGACGCCUGACCGAGCCCCAACAACCGCGGGGACAACUGAAGCUCUGCCGCCAGCUGACCGCUUUCGGGGAUUGCCUGAGGCACACCUGCAGCUACCGCCAUGUGCUGUGGCAACAUGAGGUGCUGCCACCGAAGCACUAUCCCACCGCGGGACAGAUUCGUUUCUCGGUCCUGACUUGCAACAGCCCCGCUACCUUGUCGGUGCGUCUGAGCGACCAGUUCCCCACAGUGGUCAAUUUCCUCAACGUUCCGAUGACCCAGCUCGGCAAGGACGUGCAGCGUCACUACGAAGUGGAGGAGAACCGGCGCAGGCAUCCCAAUCCCGUGCCCGGCGAGCGAGCGGUGGUCAAGAAUCUCAACCGCUACGAGCGGGCGGACAUUGUGAAUGUGGAAAACAAUGGCAAGGUUGCGGUGCAACUGCUGGACACGUCCACCGAAGUGGUUUCCUCCAAUGCCAGCCAGGUGUACAUCUGCGAUGAGCUCUUCAAGGAACAACCCAGAGAGGCGAUGGAGGUCAGGAUCACUGGCCUGGAGCCCCAGAGCCUGGAUCGCCUCUGGCCGGAGGACGUGCGCAAUAUGGUGCGUAAGCAGUUCUUCAAUCGCAGGCAGAACAAUCGCAGCAGGCAAUUCCAUGCCGUCAUACAGGCCACCAUCCAGCAGACGAUCUUCGUUCGCGACGUGCACGACGAGGAGGGCAAUGACCUGAGCAGCUUUGUCACGAAUCGCUUUCGCGCGCACCACGAGCAGCGUUGUCUGGACAAGCUUACGGCGAUGGUCCAGAGCGCCAGGGAGUUCCCACCAAGCUCCUAG